CCCUUGCGCGGCCACCGCGGCGGCGCGUUAGCCGCCGGUUGGGACGCGAGGGCCCUAGCUGCAGCCGGGGCGGGCCGCGAUGGCUGCGUGGGGCGAGCGGCUGGCGGGCGUGCGCGGGGUGCUGCUGGACAUCUCUGGCGUCUUAUUGGACGGUGGUGAGGGCGGCGGCGCGGCGAUCGCCGGCUCCGUGGAGGCGGUGGCGAGGCUGAAACGGUCCCGGCUGAAGGUGAGAUUUUGCACCAAUGAGUCGCAGAAGUCGCAGGCAGACCUGGUGGGGCUGCUGCGGCAGCUGGGCUUCGACGUCUCCGAGGGCGAGGUGACCUCCCCAGUCCCCGCCGCCUGCCUGAUCCUGCAGCAGCGAGGCCUGCGGCCACACCUGCUCGUCCACGAUGGAGUCCGCUCGGAAUUUGAUCAGAUCGACACGUCCAACCCAAACUGUGUCGUAAUUGCAGACGCUGGAGAAGGCUUUUCUUAUCAAAACAUGAAUAAAGCUUUCCAGGUGCUCAUGGAGCUGGAAAACCCUGUGCUCUUCGCACUGGGAAAAGGACGCUACUACAAGGAGACCUCUGGCCUGAUGCUCGAUGUCGGUCCCUACAUGAAGGCGCUUGAGUAUGCCUGUGGUAUCGAAGCUGAGGUGGUGGGAAAGCCUUCCCCCGAGUUUUUCAAGUCCGCCCUGCAAGAGAUGGGGGUGGAAGCCCAUGAGGCCAUCAUGAUCGGGGAUGACAUCGUGGGCGACGUGGGCGGUGCCCAGCGGUACGGGAUGAGAGCCCUGCAGGUGCGGACCGGGAAGUUCAGGGAGAAGACCAGAUUGCCGAAGUUUAGCUGAAGCCGGGGAAGGAGGAAGAGGAAGUCCAAAAAUAUCCUGCUCAUUGGCUUUGCACAAGGAACACCAUGGCCUCAUGUUUUCCUUCUAGUAAAAUAAAGGCCCAAGUAGCCACACGAGUGACCCCCGACUCCAACCGAAGGGCGCUUGGUGAUUAUGGUCACAGCACAGGCUCUGCUCUUAGUCAAGACCAAGGACAGGGAAGGGCCUGUCAUGGCAAUGGGGGCUGCUGAGCCCAGCACCCUCCUGAGGAGCCCCUCGAGAGCUCGCCAGGGUCUUCUGCAAAGCAGACACUUGACAGGGAGCUGAGGGGUCUUCUGUCAGACACCAGCCACUGCUUCUCCCAAGACCCACCCUGGUUACAAGAAGCAAAAAAAUAUGAACUCAACCAUGAAAAGCACUUGGAGAGACUUCUGCUUUGGACAAGAUGAAGUUGAAAUCCUUUCUCUAUUCCUCCUGCUCAGUGCAACUAAACCCUGGACAGUAGCUAUGAAACACAAUGAGAAGACUCUGAAAGGUGAAGAGAAGAGGGCAGGCCUGCCAGGGACCUUUGGAGCCGUGGAGUGACACAGUGGUCAUUUCCCUGGGUUUUCUUUUUGUCUGGUGGAUCCCAGACUUGGAGCUGAAGAAGCCAGCAGCCUGGAAACGCCAAGGGGCACAGACAAAAAGCCCCCACAGAAGCCUGUCCUUCUAGGCAGCCCAGCGAGACAGGAACUUGUAGUCGAUAACCACUCUGUGCCAGCCAAAUGCCACAGAGUAAACUGGUCUGUUCCCUCUCAUGCCAGCAAGGACCCAGCGACGAGCCUAGACUCCCACCUUCUUGAGGCUGUCAUGAACCUCUUACCCCUGGGCUGGUGGGUGUCAUAGAAGGCCAAGUAGAUAGGGAGUCAGGAGGUGGGUGAUAAAGAGGGCUCCUCAGCUGGGGUGUCCCUGGGGAUGACAUGGAGAUUCUGUGAUUCUACCCCUAACAGCAGCAAUAAGGCAACUCCCACCCGACAUAGUCCAUGCAGUCGAUGGAGGCCCCAUGGGAAGCAAUUUUGAUUCUACCCCCAACAGCAGUAAUAAGGUGACUCCCACCCAAUACUCUCCAUGUGGUUGAUGGAAGCCCCAUGGAAAGCCAUGGUGAUUCUACCCCCAACAGCAGUAAUAAGGUGAUUCCCACCUGAUACUCUCCAUGUGGUCAAUGAGGCCCCAUGGGAAGCAAUUGUGAGGCAUUCCUGUUCCUCCCAACCAGGAUGGAACUCCCCUUGCCUCCGACCGGCAGUGAUCAGCACCCCUCCUGCACCUCAGAGUCCACA